CCCCGCAUUUACCGCGGUCACGUUUCCAGGUUGUUGUUCGUACGCAUAGGUAGUGUGCGUUAAACAUAUUUUCUAUUUAUUGCGAUUAUUUAUUAAUUUAUUAAUAACCAUGAUAGUGUUAACGAACGAGGGCAAUCCAAAUGCGUUAAAAUUAAUUAUCGCAGCUAAAUUGGUCCAGCAAAAUAUAACCGUGAAGAGAGCACUUUCUAAUGAAUCACCUUUAGGUAGGCUUCCUGUUCUUGAAUUGCCAACUGGAUCAAAAAUAUUUAGUAUAAGUGCAGGAAUGCAGCUUUUAGCCGCUCCCUCAGAAGAGGAUGAAGUAAUAAUUAAUAAGUGGCUAGAAUGGGACGUUUCUCAGUUACAGCCUGCGAUAAUAUAUUAUGGAACUACAGGAAUAUAUAAAAUAGAUUCCACAUCUUGUUUAUGGUCUCUAUUAAGUGAAGUAAAUAAUGCAUUAAAAGAAAAAAUGUACUUAAUUAAGGAUAAAAAUGAUAUAUCGUUAGCAGACGCUUCUAUCUGGGUAUCCAUAUGGUCUACAAUAAUAGUUACCAAUAUUGGGAACGAAAUACUUAAAGAAUAUAUAUAUCUUAGUGAUUGGUUGAAAAAUAUAGAAUUACUGCCAAUUAUUCAGGACUCUUUGAAAGUAUUUUCAUUGGAAAGAGGAUUAAAAGCAAUUACCAGUAUUCAAGCAGGAUCUUGGUUUCCAGUUAACUCAACAAAAUCCUGCAAAUCAACGACUAAUGAACUUAAUUUAGUUAAAGAUAAAGAAGUUGAAAUAGUUAGUCAAGAAGAAAUGGAUAAAGCAAUGAUUAAUUGGAAUUCAUGUAAUUGUCCAAAUGUGAAAGAGCCAUCGUAUCCUGUUCUACCAAAAAAAGGAGAAAGGAACAUCUUAAUUACAUCGGCGCUUCCUUAUGUAAAUAAUGUACCUCACUUAGGCAAUAUUGUUGGUUGUGUUCUUUCUGCUGAUAUAUUUGCUAGGUAUUGUCGACAAAGAAAUUACAAUACAUUAUAUAUUAGUGGUACUGACGAAUAUGGCACUGCUACCGAGGCUAAAGCAUUAGAAGAAAAAACAACACCUCAAGAAAUAUGUGACAAGUUCUUUAGUAUCCAUAAUGAUAUAUAUCGCUGGUUUGGUAUUGGAUUUGAUUAUUUUGGACGUACAACGACAGUUGAACAAACAGAAAUCGUUCAGUCCUUUUUCUUAAAAAUAAAAUCGCAAGGAUAUGUAUUGACAGACACGGUCGAUCAACUUCUUUGUGAAUUCUGUGAUCGAUUUUUAGCUGACAGAUUUGUGGAAGGAAUUUGUCCUAGAUGUAAAUAUGAAGAUGCUCGUGGUGAUCAAUGCGAUGGUUGUGGUCAUUUAGUAAAUGCAACUGAGUUGAUAAAUCCUCGAUGUAAGAUGUGUAGCAAUAGACCUAUCAUUAAGAAAUCAAAACAGUUCUUUUUAGAUUUGCCUAAAUUGGAAGAAAAACUAAAGGUAUGGUCUGCAAAAGUAGAAAAAGGAUGGUCGGCUGUAGCUCGAGGAGUCACAAAACCGUGGUUACGUGAUGGUCUUAAGCCACGUUGUAUAACUCGAGAUUUAAAAUGGGGUAUACCUGUCCCGGUGAAGGGAUUUGAAAACAAAGUUUUUUACGUUUGGUUUGAUGCUCCUUUCGGCUAUAUCAGUAUUACAAAAAGAUAUACCAAAGAGUAUGAACAAUGGUGGAAACCUAAUGGCACCGAAGUUAGUUUGUGUCAAUUUAUGGCGAAAGAUAAUGUACCAUUCCAUACUAUAAUGUUCCCUGCCUAUUUAUUAGCAACUAAUGAAGACUAUACAUUAUUGAAACAUUUGAUGGCUAUUGAAUACCUGAAUUACGAGGAUACUAAAUUCUCAAAGUCCAGAGGUAUUGGAGUGUUUGGGACUGAUGCUAGAGAAACAGGCAUUCCGGCUGACGUGUGGAGAUUUUAUCUCGCUUACAUUAGACCAGAAAAUCAGGAUUCGAAUUUCAAUUGGGCGGAUUUAGCAACAAAAAAUAAUAACGAAUUAUUAAAUAAUCUUGGAAACUUUAUUAAUAGGGCUCUUGUGUUUACGGAAAAAUUCUUUGAGUCUAAAGUACCACCGAUGGAACCCCAAGAAGAUGAUUUGACAUUAUUGGCAUUGGCUCAACGUGAAUUGACAUCCUACUUAAAUGCACUUGAACAAGCUAAAUUAAGAGAUGGUAUAAAAUACGUGUUAGCGAUUUCGAAACAUGGCAAUCAAUAUAUGCAAUCGCAACAACCGUGGGUUAAAGUAAAGGGUACAGAUGACGAUAAGAAGAAAGCUGGGACAAUAAUUGGGAUUUGUUGUAAUUUAACAUGUCUUUUAUCAGCUCUAUUAGCACCUUAUAUGCCUAAUACUUCUCGUGAAAUAAGAGGGCAAUUAGGGUUGGACAAAACGCGUUACGGAUAUAUUCCAGACAUUAUUAUGAACAUGUUACCUUCUGGACAUAAAAUUGGUAAAGUAUCCCCGCUUUUUACAAAAAUAGAAGAUCAAUUGAUUGAAGAAUUAAGGAAAAAAUAUGCCGGAAAACAAGAAACUAAUGGUGCUCAAUCGAUAACGAAUGAUGUCAUUGAAAGUGUAGAAUCUUCAGAAGCUGCAGCCCAAUGGGGUCAACUAGUCAAAAAGUUAAUACAUAAUCAUAAUGAAAGUGUUCAGCAUUCUCAUGUAGACAUUUUUGAUGAACCGCAAAAUAAACUAGCUGAUCUCAAACAAGAUACAAAUAACAAGAUGCACUUCUUACUUUUGGCAGAUAGAGCAUUAUCUGCCAGAAGUAAGAAAGCCGAACCAUUACAUACUCCCGAGCAAAAUGGAGAUACUGGUACAGACGUAACUUCUUUAGAAGCAGCUAUUACAAAACAAGGCAAUCUAGUGCGCGAAUUAAAAGCGAAAGAAGAAAGGAGCGUAUGGCAACCACAGGUAGAAAUUUUAUUAAAAUUAAAAAAUCAAUUAGCCAGUUUGACUGGUGCAAAAAUUCCAGAUAAGAAAUCCAAGAAAAAAAAGUAAUUGAAAUCGCAAUAUAAAGCGCUUUAUUUAUAAUAAUCGAUAAAACUUGACUUGCAUUUUCUCUUAUCAUGUGAGUAUAACUAUAAAGGUAUUAAAUAUUUUUUUCUUAUCAUAUGAGCAUAAUCAUAAUGGUAUUAAAUAUUUUAUAUACUUUUUUUUUAAAGUAUAACAAUUUUUACGAUAAAGAUUUUAUUAAAUCGUAUUUAUUUGAAAUGAUAUAUCAAAUAUCCGACGUCAUUUAAGGAAUUACCUUUUAAAAUAAAUAAAUUAUUAAUAAUUGUCUAAUAUUAACAUUGAAUUGAAUUCGUAAUAAAAAAUUAAAGAAUAACAUGAUGCAAGAACAAAUAUAAAUAAGAAAUCAUUAUUCUAGUAAAUUAUUUUUGGUUAGUAUACAGUAAUUAUUAAUUUCAUUUAACAUUAUACACAAGUUAAUAUUUUAUAUUCGAGGUAAAGGAAAUAUAUUUGUGUGUUUAUAGACAUAUAAAUACCCAUAUUUGCGUAUUAAUAAGUGUACUGUCAAAUGUACUAUUAAUAUUAAUAAAAAUGUACUAUUAUAUAUACUUAAUAACAUACAUGCAUAUAUAUAUAUAUAUAUAUAUAUAUAUAUAUGUGUGUAUACAUAUAUAAUUCUUUCUUUGUACUAGGAAUAAAUUACCUCCAAGUACUACAAGAGACAAACUUUUUAUGCAUUUUUUUUAUACUUAUUUGAAAAUGAAUCUUAUAAUAUUUGUAGUUAUGAUAUUUAUAGAGAGACGAAGAUUUUUAUUUUACACGAUUGCAAUGAAAUACUUUAUUAAUAAAAUUUUGAUAAUUAUAAAUAUUAUAAUAUCUCUUUUUUCUAAUAUUGCAAAUUGUUUAAUUUGCGAAAAAAAAAUAUUAUCAGAGAUCUUACAUUAAAGUAACGAUGACACUGAAA